AUGGGCCCAGCAGACGUAGUUAUUGCCCUAGAAUACUUUUUUAUACCUUUCGUGCGAGUAAUCGAGACGCCUGUCCAGAUAAAGGAAUUUGGUGCUGUAAAUAAAAUCGACUUCUCCCCGGUUCCUCCAUAUAACUAUGCUGUCACAGCCUCCUCAAGGAUCCACAUUUAUGGUCGUUACUCUCAGGAACCAAUCAAAACGUUUUCUCGCUUCAAAGAUGCUGCUUAUUGUGCCACAUACAGAGAUGAUGGCAAUCUGCUUGUUGCUGGCAGCGAGGAAGGUAGCAUUCGCCUCUUUGACAUUAGUGGAAGAGCACCGCUGAGACAGUUUGAUGGUCAUACUAAAGCUGUUCAUGUAGUGGGCUUCCUGUCUGAUAAAUACCGAAUAUUUUCUGGUGGUGAUGAUUAUUCAUCAAAUCUGUGGGAUAUUCCGAGUGCUACAGAAAUCGUCUCCUACAGUGAACAUACUGACUAUGUGAGAUGUGGCUGGGGAAAGAAAAUGAAUGAGGAGUUAUUUGAAACCGGUUCUUAUGAUCACACGGUGAAACUAUUUGAUGCACGAACAAAAAGUAGCGUCAUGACAAUAGAACAUGGCCAGCCUGUGGAGAGUGUGCUUCUAUUCCCUUCUGGUGGGCUUCUGGUAUCUGCAGGAGGUCGAUACGUCAAAGUUUGGGAUGUACUAAAAGGCGGACAAUUGCUAGUUUCACUUAAAAAUCACCAUAAAACUGUAACUUGUUUAUGCCUGAACAGCUCUGGACAAAGGUUAUUGUCAGGAUCCUUGGACAGGCAUGUGAAGAUUUACAGUACUACUUCCUACAAAGUAGUCCACAGCUUUAACUAUGCAACAUCCAUCCUCAGUCUUGCGUUGUCGGAAGAUUUCUGUGUCAGUAAACCUGUAAAACGUGUUUUGAGGAAAUACGACAAGCUGCUGAAGAGCUUUCAGUCUUCCAAGGCCCUUGAUGCAGUACUGGAGCCACCCAUCAGGCUUUAUACUCCUGAAGUUACGGUUGCAGUCAUGCAGGAGCUGCAUCGCAGAGGAACACUGAGGAGUGCACUUGCAGGCCGAGACGAGAAGCAAAUUAAUCUCCUUCUUACCUUUGUGGCAAGGCGUGUGAUUGAGCCUAGGUUUACUCCUGUACUGGUGACUGUUGCAGAUAUGAUCACUGACAUUUAUCAGCCUGUGGUUGGGCAGUCAGCGAUUGUUGAUAGACAAUUCUUGAGACUUCAGGAAGCCAUAGGAAAAGAGAUUGACUAUCAAGAGGAACUACUAGAAGUUUUGGGAAUGAUGGAUACGCUCUUUGCUACUUUUACUAAGAAGAAAGCUACUUACCUAGAAGAGAACAAAAGUAAUGGUCUUACAGAGACCAUUGAAACAAGUACGAAUAACUGA